CUCUCGCAUCACUUCCUGGUUUGUCUCGAAACUGUUUACAUCAGGUGAGAGGCCAGUCAGAUAAACGCAGCGGGCGCGUGCGUUUCUGUUUUUGUCACCUGCCACGAGGCCGUAAUCUGGAUUAUUCUGUUUCGACAAACGCACGCGGAGGAAUAAAAUAUGUCUCCGGCCGCCGCCUUCCACGCGCAGCUCGCAUCCAUCAUGGAGGUGCUGGCCAACACGGCAGUGGCGGAGAUCUGCGAGCUCGUGGACGGCGGCUACGCGGUGCUGCAGCUGGAGAUCUCGCGGAGCCGCAAAGAGAACGAGGCGCUGCGGAGGAAACUGCGGCUCAUGGAGCUCCGAGCCGCCCGCGCGACCGCCCUGCGAGCCGUGGCCACCGCCAGCGGCACCGCGCUGCUGCUCGCGAGCGGCCGCGCACGAGCUCCGCUGCCCGCUCAUCACCCCGGCAACGAACCGCGGAGGAGCAGAACACCUGGAGGUGGGGCGGCGCUGUCCAGAGUGUCCCCCCAGGAGACACCACGGUGCAGAGAUAUUGACCCAUCCUCAGACUCCGGACAUGAAACCACACAGCAGGCGCAGCCUGCUGCAGGUGAGUCGGCCAAACUGACGACCGCAGUGAUCAAGGUGGAGGAUGACGAUGAGUCCUGGUCUCAGUCCGAGCAGGAAAAAGAUUUCUGUUGUGUUGUUGAAGGACAGCAGAUGGAAACAGAAGCUCCGCCCCUGCUGGCCAAACAGGAAGUAGUAGAGGACAGCGGCGCGUCUCUGUCGUGGACGGGUGGUGAUGUCAGCUCCAACACCAGCAAGAUGUCAGACACCAGCGACGCGGCCAGUUAUGACUGUCUGAUGUACGAGCCACAGGUCCAACAUGCCCCCCGCAGUACCCAGAAUCCUUUACGUGAGGACCCGGGCUGCUCAUACGUGUUGAACACCAGCGAGAGUGUUUCAGCUGCGUCUGAUUUAUGCAGCAGCUUCCCGUUUGCCGUCAGUGAGGUGACUCUGUCUGUAGCAGAGCACCAGCAGCCUGCAGGCUUCCAGGACGGCCAGCAGAGGGCGCCGUUACCUGCAGAUGAGCCAAGGAAAGAGACAGCAGAGACGCAGCAUGCUUUUAUCAGAAGGGACGGGUGGAGACGUCAGGACGGCGUCAGCAGAGAGGACAGUGGCGGGAAGGCGUUUGUCUGCAACUGCUGCGGUAAAACUCUGGCCUGCCUGAAGAACCUGAAGACGCACAUGAGGGUCCACACGGGCGAGAAGCCGUUCGUCUGCGCACUCUGCGGCAAACGCUUCUCCGACUCCAGCAACCUGAAACGCCACCAGAGCGUUCACACUGGCGAGAAGCGCUAUGGCUGCAUCCACUGCGGCAAACGCUUCGCCCAGUCCGGAUCCCUGAAGGUCCACAUGACCGUGCACACGGACUGUAAGCAGUUCAGGUGUUCGUACUGCGGUAAGACCUUCAUCUCCGGCAGCCACCUGCGCCGCCACGUUACCGUCCACGCAGGAGAGAAACGCUUCGCUCCGACGUCUCAGUGACAGGUGGGCUCAUGGGAGAAUGAGGUCAGGGGUCAAAUCCUACAGGAGCCACGCACACUGACAGUGAAAGACGUCACUACAGCUGAAACGAUUAGUCGAUUGAAAGAAAAUCAAUCUGCAACUAGGAAAAUAUCAAAACUCUUUGGUUCUAGCUUCUCCAAUGUGAGGAGUUGCUGCUUUUCUCUGUUUUGUAUCAGUGUGAACUGAAUAAUUUUGGGUUUGGACUGUUUUUCUGUCAACACAAGACAUUUGAAUACUUCAUCUUGGGCUCUGGGAUAACUGGACGGGGAUUUUUCACUGUUUUAUAAAUCAAACAAUUAAAAGGUGCAACAUGUGACAUUCAGCCCCACUAGAUGUCGCACUAGAGCACCAUCUCAGACGAAAAUAAAAAUGUGCACGUCGUUUACUCAAUAAAGUUUAGGAAAAGAAGAAUCACCUGACCAGCUACAUCAGGAAACUCAAUUCAAUUAAUGUUUAGCUGUAGUUUGAGAAAAUUUGUGACACUGUGCCGCCAUGUUGGAAACGGACACACGGCCGGACCGGCUACUAAAACAAAGAACAGAGAAACUCGGAUAACAACAUACACAGAUGGAGUGUGACUUCAUUCUCUGCUCAGGAUGCCAUUACUCUGCUAUAUCUCUACAUAGCAAAUAGUUGCUGACAUCCAAUGAGGCUGAAUGUCGUGUAUUACACCUUUAAUUGAUGAAUCAAGGAGAUAACUGGCAGAUUAAUUGAAAAUAACUGUUAUUUGCAGCCCUACACCUCACAAUACAACACAACAGCCCUGCAGUGAACUGUGGUUACGAGUCACUCCACUGUUAAUAAAAAAGUCACCAGUGGACUGACAGAUCUGCUGACGCGUUUUGAUGUAAAACCUCAUCUGGUGUCGACCGAAAGCGGCCCUCCUUUAAGCAAGUAGCAGCUUGUGUUUGCAGCUGUUGGGGAUUCCUUCUGCAUACAAUAUGUGAAAAAAAAGUUCAGAUCACAAACUGCUCCAGAAUUAGUUUAUUAUUGGACGUUUGUUUUAGUCUGAGUACAAUCGCUGCAUUCAGAUCUGCCCAAAUAAAUCGUACUGAGGAGGAAAGCUUUGAAAACACCGUUUGUCUCUGAAAAGCUGAUAUUUUCGAGAUAUGUAACGUUGUAAAGUUGCGAUAGUACGAAUUUCGUCUUUAAACAUUUUUACAUCAGCAAUUAAAAUCCUUCAGAAGCAUAAAAUUGUUUUUGUUAUUUCGGAUGAAUCCAUCAUCUGCAUGCGUUUGUUUGCAGAUUAAAGGUAACAUCUGCAACUUUUCCCCCCAUAAUAACUCCUGUAUGUUCACUAUUAAUCAGUUCAAAGUUUAUUGUGGAAUGAGGAAAAACACAAUAAAUGCCAUGUUUACAUUUUGUGAUACUGUCAUGAACAGUUUUUUACGAUUAUCAUGUCAUUUUGUAAUAAAUAAAUAAAGGCAGCUCUAAACUC